UAUAAAGGAAUGCUGUUAGGCAGCAGAAUGUUGGUAUUUAUUCCAAAUAUCAAUGACCCAAUCUAGACGGCAUCAUCUUCGCGAGGGCCUUAUAAGCAGCGUUGGGCUUUCCACGGUUCCAACUCACGGGUUCUCAACUUGUCCCUCGCCAUAUCGCUCAAGACACAUUUGACAGUUGGUUUCAGAUAUCUUAGAUUUAUCUCGAGUUUCCCGGUCAAGUGAAUGAAGCAAGCACGUCGGUCGCCGACCAGGAUAUCCCAGUCCUACAGCCUUCCGUCGCUGAGACGUCCUGGUGACACUUAUCCCUCCCCCCUCAUCUCAUCCAUCUCGCUUACUUGACCUCUACCAUGAUCAACGGAUCUUCCGUUGAACAACCAGUGAUGGAGGUCGAGCAAGCUCACGAUGAUCCCAUGUCUCUAGACGACGAUUCCCAGUGUUGCUCGCAAUGCAUUCGACGAAUGUUCCUCGCUGCCUGCAAGAGCGAAUCCGAUAUGCCUCCGCGCUGUUGCAAGGCGAUUCCCUUGGCUGUUGGCCGUCGCGUGCUCUCUCUGGAUGAGAUUGGUCUGUUCAAAGCAAAGCAUGAGGAAUGGAGCACCGCAAACCGGUCUUACUGUCCGAUUCCGACCUGUUCGACCUUCCUACCACGUCGUCUUUUUCCCGAUUCAACCGUUUCACAGCCAGGUGGCAUGGAGAUGGAUAUCGAUGAACCCUUUUCAACUUCUUAUGUCGUCUUUUGUCCGCAAUGCGCAGUCCAGAUAUGUCCUACGUGCAAGCAACUUAUUCACCCAGGUUUUCCCUGUGCAGAUAUUCCCGAUAUCAGUCCUGAGCUGGCGGAUCUAUUAAAAAGAUGGGGUGUCAAGCGGUGUCCUAAAUGCCGGGCAGCAGUUCGAAGGAUGUAUGGCUGUCGUCACAUGCAAUGUCGCUGCGGUGCACAGUGGUGUUGGUUUUGUACAGAGCCUAUAGAUACCUGCGAGACGUACCCGUGUUUCGGAUGGGAGGAGGAACGAGCAGCAGAAGGAGACUCAGAGGAAAACUCCGAAGAUGAUGCGGAUGAUGAUAAUGAUAAUGAUGAUGAUGAUGAUGAUGAUGAUGAUGAUGAUGAUGAUGAUGAUGAUGAUGAUGAACAAGACGAAGAAAAUGAAAAGGCAGAUGAAGAGGGAGAAGGUACUGGUCUACCUGAUCAAGUCAGGGAAACACAAGAUGAAGCUAAACCGGUCCCCAUUCAUCCGGACGGUCUGGUGGACUUGGAUGCCGGAACACACUGGGAAAAUGGACCGGAGGAUUUCGGCCAAGAGCCAAACGAGACGACAGUUGACCAGUUUCAUUGUACGCAUGAUUUCGAGGAGGCAGAAGACUCGGAGAUUGAUCCGACUUUGGAGUACGAAUGCGAGCGUUGUUGGUGUCGGGUUGUCCCAAAGUGUCCUUCUGAUCCUACCUCGGCACAUCCAAUACAGUUCCCUAACAAUAUUCCAAAUGCUCGCUUACGGCUCUGCAGUAUCUGUAACAUUAUACUGUGCCCUACGUGUUGCAAGGAUUUGGGGUUCGAUGAUGUGUAGAUUGUGUUUCAUGAAUCAUGGCUUUCACGACAUUAUGCUUACUCUGUAAAGGGCGUUUAGGAUUCUUCGAAGGACUAAUAAUUUGAAUCAU